AUGGUCGCAGAAACAAAGUUCUACAAAAUCCUAGACGUCAACCCCGACGCUUCCCCAGCUCAGCUCAAGGCCGCAUACCGCAGGCUCGCUCUCAAGUUCCAUCCCGACAAAAACUCUUCAUCACCAGAAGCCGCCGCCGAAAAAUUCAAAGAAUUGAAGUACGCAUACGAGGUCCUGUCGGACCCCCAAAAGGGCAAAUACUACAAUAUCCUCGGCGAAGACGGCAUCAAGCAAGGAGGC